AAAGGGAUUGCAUAUCUAUCUUCCUCUUUAAAAAGUUAAUAUUCUUCAGAAUAUGAUAAUAUAACAACAGUUAUCAUAACUAAUGUAAGUAAAAAAUAGAGACCUUUUAUUUCCUUGAAUCAUUUAAAAUCAUACCCAUAUUAUUGCCCUAUAAUAUUUCAUUUACUUUAAUACAAUUAUGAAAUUUUGUAAAGGGCUUGGUAAAGCAGUAUUUUCCAAACUCCGGGUCAUGACCCAUUGGUGAGCCUGGAAAUUAAUAUAAAUUGUAUACAAAUGAGGUAAUAGAAUGGAAUAGAAAUACCAGAAUGCAUCACACUUGGUAAAGGUAGAUUUUGUUUUGUGAAAUUUUGUUUUAGUUUUAUAUACAUUUACACACAUAUACAUGCAUAUACACAUAUAUAGUCACAAAUAUUUAUAUGUGUAUACAAAUAACAUAUAAACAUAUACGUGUGAGUGUACUAACUCACGGUGGAAUGCAGACAAAAAAUUUAAGAAAUCCUAAAAUGAAGAGUUUCAAAAUAGAGGUAAAAUAUAAAUAACCAUAUUACACAAUAAAUAUGAUUUUAAACACUAAAUAACAUUUGUUAAAACAAUGCCUUCAGCUUUAACAAAUUUACAAAUUUGUUUAAUAAACAAAAGAGGCAUGGAGGCAAAAUGUACUCCCAUAUGUGUAUACGUACAUGCAUACAGACAUCUACCCAUAAAUAGAAUUUUUAAAACCUUCAAAUAUAUUUAAAACCUUUAAAAUGUAAUUCACAAUAGAACUUCUGAUUCCAUGAAUAGCAUUUGUUAAUAAUAUAAAGUAAAAGACGCAAUUAUGCUGAUAUUUUCACAGUGUUCAUUCAUUCAUCUACUCUAAGCUAAAGACCAAUAUGAAAAAAAAAUUGCAGGGAGUUGCUUCUUUAUUUUAAAGUUUAUAACCUAUUUAUAUAGUACCUACCCUCUCAUUACCCUGGGAUGAGAGUAGAUGGUCUGUGUGAUGCACAGAAUCCAGAAGGAAAUUCUGAAACUGCAUCUAAUGGUUGCAAAGAGACAGUCCUAUCCUUCAUUUUAAUGAUUUCUUCCUCCGUCUCUCUCUGAUCUGAACCAGUCUUGCCUAACAUUAUAAUACUGCUUUUCCCAUUCUUCAUUAGGAACCAUAAAGGCUUCUUGCAAACUCUCAAGGCUAAACACAUUCCAGACAUUCCUUUACACAACGUUCCUGAAAAGGUUGGUUUCUUAGGAUCCUGCAGCAACACUGCCUGCAUGGUUCAGAGACCAGACCACUGCACAAGCCUUUCACUGGCAGACAGCCAAUGGUGCUGCCUCUCCUCUCCUCUGAAAGACUUGCUUUACUCACCCAGAGUCCAUCAAACUCGCUUUUCAAGGGGUAGAUGAGGACAGCAGGAUCCUCAGUAAAGAAGAAUCACCUAGUGAGGCAGAGUUUCCAGCAGCACAGUGAAGCUACACAUAGGUUGUAUAUCUUGGUAUGAUGUGUAUUUGCUUUGGAAAGAGGCAUUUAAACAAAGUUCUCCUUAGCAAAAUCUUGCCUCCACCACCACCAAUCCAGGAGUCUCAAAAUUACUUUUAAUGAAUUCAAGAAAUAGAAAUUCUACCCUGGAACACUUAUUAGCUGCCUUUCUUAUAUAAAUAAUUACAGGACACACCAUUUUCUUCCUUUUUCGUAUUAACAUUUCCGAUUCUGCCUCUCUUUUCUCCGUCCCUCCUUCUCUUCUCACUUUGUGUCACAUACACUUCAUCUGAAAUUCUCUAAUUCUCUUUUUAGACCAGGGAAAAUAGAUAUCAAACAUUCCAGGGCCAGAGGUUUUCAAGAAAGACAAGACAAAAACCACAGAACUUCUUUCACAUAUGACUGAAUCCCUUCACACUCUUUCUGGCCUAUGGGAUACUCGUUGCUAACCGAGAGGUUUAAUUUGCCUAGAAUUCUCUUUACCCCCUUCUUCCCAACUCAGCCCCUCCUCUUGGUAUCCACAUUCCUUGAUAAAUACAGCCAAAUCCAGCGUCUUUCUCAGAAUCACAAAACCCUAGUGCAAGGUCUCACAAUUCUCACUCCAUGAAAUAUGAGUUCCUGGUCAAGUGUUAAAGGCUGUGAUCACACACCUAGAUCUGGGUGCUCUGACCAGUGGAGUUUGUCAUAGGGCCCUAUUCUUUCUCAGUGAUCCAUGAGACACUGAACAAAUUAGAGGUGCUCUAUAUUCAGCAUGUGACUGACUGCCAAUGAAAUGAAACUCAGAGCUCAGGGGUACAUCACAGAAUGAGGAGAUGAUUCGGAAGCUAAGGGAUCAUUUGUCACUGCAAACAUAUAGUAUUAGAGAGAGAAGAAAGCUAUUAGCUUCAGGAAUAAGCCUUUUUCUCUCCUCAUCUCUCUUUCCAUGUGCUGGGGCUCACUGAAAGUGUUGCUGAAAUGAGAGAAAGAUGGGCAGCACUUUUUCCUAUAGCACAUACAGGACACUUAUAUUUCCAUGUCCUUUGUCACCAUAUCUGUUAGUAAUUUCUCUGGAUCCAUUUAACCAGACAGCCUUCUGACUUCAAAAUCUGUGGCAGAAUUUUCAAAUGGCCAUUCUGAAACAGAGGAGCUCACCUAGACAAAUCCUGUAAGACACAGUCACCUGAAAAUAACCCUAGUGAAUUAUUGGGAGUAGGAAAUGAAGCAGAGAUAGCAAGUUUCCACUGACUUUUUAAAGAAUCACUAUGAAGUGUUUACAAGGAUACUGCAGAUGACUAAAAUUAGUUUAUUCUGCACAGCAUUAUCCACUGCUGACUCAAGAUGGUGAUACAAGCAGUGUUAAGCUGUGAGCUCACCUGGAAGCUCAUUCUCUAAAAUUACUCUCUUGCAGGGAUAGACCCCUAGUUCACAUUGGUGAAUGGAAGAUGGGUUAUAAAUAGCAACUUGUUACGCCAUCACUCAGAAGCUAUGUGUCCUGCUAGUCUCCAGUUUUGUUUCUUGCAGAUGUAAGAGCCUCCUGAUCAGCCUAUUGUCUCUCAGUGUUCAAGGGUAUGCAGUGUGUGUGUGUGUGAAUAUCAUUCUUUCAGUUGUACAAUAUAAUAAUUAGAAAACUUAGAAGUUAAGUGAUGUGGUAAAGAUCAUACAGCAAUUCCCUGACACUUAAAACUGAGUUUUUGUUCCUAUAAUCUUCAAAGACUUAAAUGUACUGAACCUUUGCUGUUUCUCCUAUGAGCCAGAGGACAUGUCCUAUCAACUGAGUUAAGUGUCAACAGUCAGCUUGCUAGAAACAUGUUCAGAUAUGUGUAGGGAGAGAAGAAUAUGUAGAUACAUAUGCUGUACGAGUGGGUUCCUAUGAAAGAACGGUUUUCUUUAUAUUUAAGGGCAAGUUUAUUAGAAUUAAGCUGUAUCCACACUCUACUCCAAGUUAUUAUUUUGGUUGCUUCACUUAAAUAGUCAAUUCAAUAAAGAAAAAAAAGUCAGCAUCGCCAGCAUUUCUACAUCAGCCCAUAGCCUGUGAUGUUCUCUCUUGGUGGCCGAUUUUGCAUUUGUUUUCACACCUAAUACAGAUUUUCUAUAGCAUUCAUUUCAAGACACAAACAGAUAUUCUUUAAUGUGUGCCAGUCAGUCAUUUUGGUUCUAAAUAAUUCUGUUUCUCCAUAGGUGCCCAUUCUUUGCCGCUGACAACUUUCCUCCAUCUGCUUAAUCCAUUUUCUGGCUUAUUAAGUACUGGGAUGAUUUCUUCAGUGACAGAAGAAACUAUGCAUCACUGAUUUCCUAUUUUUGAAGCCCUGGCAUUUUUCUUGUUGGGACACUGCGUGCUUCAUUUCUAAUUAGGCUUUUCUUCUUACUCAUAUUUGGCUUUGCUUUAUCAAUACAUUACGCAACCAGUAACUGGAAACAGGAUCCCAGAGAGUGCCGCAAGCAAGCUUCCCAGUGACCUAGGGGAAAGAAGGAGUAUUAAGGGGUGAGAUGGAAUUGGAGUUGCAGGCAAGAUGAUUAUCAGGCUUGAUGAUGUAAUGGGAAGUUGUUCAUUUUAAAGCAACAGCUGGAUUCUUUCUCAGGUUGAUAGUAGUUCUGUUUUGUAGCCAGAUGAGUCUUCAGCAGAAACAAUCCCAUUUUAUCAGAUACAGUAUUUCCUUUAAGAUAGGCUUUAUACCAAACAUCUUUAGAGAAAGCCAUUGGGCCUAUUCUGUUGUACAACCAGGGUUAAGCAAAAUGCUCCAGAAGUAGUGUUUCUUUAAGGUCCUAUUCAAAUGCCUCCACUUCCAUGAAGUUUUUCCAGAUCACCCCAGCUGAGAGCCAUCUCUGCAUCCUCUCAACUCCCACAGCACCCUGGGAUAGUCCAAGUAAGGCACUUAGCAUGGAGCCUGUGUAAAGAAGUGUUCAUUGUUAUUGUCCCUACCUCUUUGUAGUACGUAUCAUCUUCCUCCUUGUGUCUCCAUUGUAUACACACCACUUAUCUCCCCCAUUAACCUGUAAGCUACUGAAGGGUCUGAUGCAUCGUUUUUUUUUUUUUGUUUCCCAGCAGUGACUUGCUGGGAAAAAAAAAAGUACUUGGUAAAUGUGUGUCGAAUGAAUAAUAGAUGGUCGGCCUUCUCAGGUAUCUGUGCAUCCUCAUGCCUGACAUCAGUAGACACUCAAUAAGUGUGGGGAUAAUGAAUGUUCAAUGAAUAGACAUAGGCAAAAAAUUCGAUUGCUAACUCUUUUGAAAGGCUGCCAAAGUUCAGCCUUUGUGUUCAUAGAGUUAACUUUCCUAAUAUCCUUAAUGUUAAUGCCAAAGACAACCAACAAUAGCAGCUUUACUCCUGAACCCAGUUCCUGUAAAUGACAUGCUUGUUAUUUAAAUAACUAGGCAACUAGUUUCACUGACACUUCCCACAUAAGGAGUAAAGUUAUUAUGGCUGAUACUUUUUGGGCAUUUGCUUUAUGCCAGGCUCUGUUCUGUGCUCUUUCACGCACUCACUCACUUAAUUCUUGCUGCAAUCUAUUUUAAAGAUGAGGCUCUGAAGUACAAGAAGGUUAAAUUCCUUGCUCCAGGCCAGGCUCUUGCUGAAUACCACAUUGUAGCCAGAGCUGGGCUGGAGUUGCAGACAAGUUAUGGUUUGAUGGCACCAUCUCUCCAUGUUUCAUACAAAAUGCUAAAAUAAGCAAAUACCAGAAUUGGUCCAACCAAGAUGCUAAUGCAUAGAGACUUAAAUAUCUGUCUCAAAUAUACUUGAGCUCUCAACAGUUCUCUGUACUGUAUGUGCCCCAGAGAAGGCUGCAGAAGCUGUUACUUGGUUGUGAGCACAGAAAACAGUCACCUAGAGACUCAGACUCACUUCUGUUUGUAAAUAUCUGCUCUGCUGCAUCAGUAGGCGUCACCUUGCCUCAUCUACUUCCACUUUCCGUUUCAUACUCUGAUCUCUUCCAGGUAUUCCCUCAGCUUUGAAUUUUCCACUUUCCUACCCUCCUUCAACUGCGUGAGCCCUACAGGCCAUUCAAGAAGCAACUUAAAUGGCCUCUGACCAUCUCAGACAGGUGUUGGUAUCCCUGCAACUCCUCAUGCAUCCCACCCUCAACAGCUCUUAGUGUUUUAUUUUGUAAUUGUUGGUUUAAUUGUCUCUACUGCUAGACUACAGUCUCAUCAAGGAUAGGGACCCUCUCUUAUUCAUGGGUAUCCUGAGAGCCCAGCACAAUUCUGGGCACAUAGAAAGUGUCUCAUAAUGUUUGCUGAAUGAAUAAAUGACAGUGUUGUUUGCAUGUCCAUACCACUCUGAAAGUAUUACAUAAACCAACUUCAGGGACUGUGCACCUCCACAUUUAGAUGCCCAAGAUUUGGCAGGAAGGACACAGCCAAGAAUAACUGGUUAGAGAUGUUGUUUGUCUGUCCCUAUAUAUCAGAGAGAAAAUAUCCCACUGUUAUCCAAUAUAAGACCAUAAAAAUGAAUAGUCUUUGACAAGGAAAAAAAAAGUAAGCCUGAAAAAUGUGUGGCUGGAAAAAAAAUGUUUCAAACAGCAUUUUAUUUUUCCCCUCUGUGGACUUGUAUAAAUUAUGUGUGAGGCAAAUAUGUGAUAGAGAGAUGCAGUGGUAAUUACUUGUUCUCAAAUGUUUGGUUAACUAUGCCUCUUAAUCCUACAUACAGUAGCUUAGCACAGAAUUAAAUUUGCCCCUUAGGCAGAAUUAGCAUUUGGAAUUUCUUAUUUCUGUAGUUUAAAUGUUUUUAUCCCAAUAUUUGUACUUUUCCAUUUAGAAUAAAUAAAUGUACUGAGUGUGUGUGGAGAAAUAUAAAUAGCAUGGAAUUUUUAUGAUUCAACUCAUUGUUCUUAUUGGUUUGUGGUCAAUUUUUAUGGGUACCAAUUUUUUAAAAAUUACUCACCCAUAAUUAGUUACAGGAACAUAGAAAGAAUCGCUAGACCAUUCUUUCUUCCAAUGAAUGUAAUAUCAUCUUAUUGCCAAUAAUUAAAGUCUUUAAUUUUAUGAGGGAAAAAAUAACUUCCUUCAGGCUUUACUCUCAAAAUGCAGAUAUUUCAUGAUACAGUGUUAUAUGAAAUAAUUAGGAAGAAAGGUUUUUCUUUGCUGCCACAUAUAGUAGGAAUGGGAAAAAAUUGUUGCUCUGAUUAACUGGGGAGUCUACUCCGUGUGAGCGGUAGUACUAAUUUACUAAUUCAUCCAUUAACAUCUGCUGUGUGCCUAAAAUGUGCCACAAACUGCUAUUUACUGCAGAUGUAAGAAGAGCUAAGACUUGGCCUCUGUCCUUAAGGAGCUUACAACAAAAUGGGAGACGUUUGUCUAAACAAUUGCAAUGAAACAAGACAAUUCUUAAAUGGAAGUCUAUACGAAGCACAGCAAGCCUGUAGGAGAAGGACGUGAGCCGGAUGGGGUGGGGGUGAGCACUGAGGAUUAUGGAUUCACAGAGAGAGCAUCUGAGCCGAGACCUGCGGGAGGAGAAGGAAUUUGCCAGGCAGCACAGCUGGUGACUCAGCGACGGGGGAAGGCAUCUAGAUACAGGAGCGAGUCUAUGGAGUCUUUGGGGUUUUAUUAUUAGUAGCAAAUGGCCUGUGACCCACCUCACAACUCACAGAAACACAACAGUGAGGCAAUCCGUGGUAAGGCUCUCUUAGGAAGGUUUUCAGCAUAGCAGGGAUCUUUCAGAUUGGCCAUUAAAGACAGUGUGAGUUCACUCUGACGGCCGUAUGGUGGAGACAGCAUCUAGAAGCUGCCACAGUGUUGGGGAAAAAUGGGAUGAGCCCAGAUCUGAAACAACACUGUUUCAUCUGUGUGGAAAAGGAGCUCUGGUAACUUUGGCCAAGACUUUUCAGUAGGAAAUGCUUCAAAAUACAAAGCAAGAGCUAUUUUCAAGAAAGACCUUCUAAAUUUAUAUUAGGAUUAAGCGUCUGUAACGUUGCCACUCGUCGCUGAGGCUCCUGGUUUCGGCAUGUCUCCUUGGUUCCCAGCCAGCUCUGGGUGUUCAGGUAGCAGCUGUGGCUGGGAGUGUCUCUCCAGCCCACAUUCCUUGGCCAUGAAUUUUGCAGCCCUGUUUAUCUGAUGAAGACCUCCCAGUAGUGAAUUGCUCAUGACAUUGUCACACAGACCUUAAUGAAUGAUAUAGAAAGAUACUGAAUAUUUUUCCUCCCAGAAUGCCAACCAAUCUUCAGUGUCCCAGCCCCUUCACUCCAGCUGAUCAUGGCAAAGGCUUGGUACUGAGAUCUUUUGUCUUACAAAAGAGAAUGUGGUUUUGUCUUACAAAAACCACAUUCUCACUGGAUGCCUACAAGUCCUCUCUAUGGGACUGCUACCCAAGCCUGUUUAGAGAAUUUUCAACAAUUACAUCUGCCCAUUUGCUGAGUCUCACUUCUCUGCACUAAUUAUUGACUUCAAUUUAUAUUUUUAAGGUACAAAUGCUAUGACCAACUUCAGUGUAUGAAGACCUCUCUUCCUUCUCUUCAAACCCAUGACUUUGCUUGGAAUAACAGGGAUGGCUUUAUGGCAUGGCUUUCUCAUUAUUUCAUGUGUCUUCAUUUUGCUUUCCCAAGCCAGAUUGUAAAUUCCUUGAGAGAGGAGACCCUGAAAACUAGAAAUACCUAUACAGACAGAUAGACAGUAAAAAAAAAAAAAAAGAAAAAAAAAUUGGACAGAAAGGCAUCUGUUGCUCUAAGUAAUUCAGAAAAUUUGCCUUAACACGUUCAGAAGAGAUCUUUGGCUAUAAUAUACAACUCCUCUCCUUUCCCCUGCCUGCCCUCUGCUGGAACUGCUAAUGAGCAGUAAGAUGGCAAAAGUAGAACAUGGUAUGGGAAAUGUGAGAAAACAGGGGCUAGUCUGACUAGAAGGUGAGUUGAGUAACUGUGAUUUGUGAGUCCACAAUGGGGAUCUUUGAAGUCUUUCAUGAUGUGCCUUUGUAUGACUAGCAACCUCCUCACAAGACUCUAUGGUUCACUGUGCACAAAGAUAUGAUUCUGCCUGCCUGCCUGAGAUGGACCAAGUGACCUUCUGUGUUCUCUUCCUCCUCUGUGCUUGUUUCAUCUGCAGAACCAUCUGAUGGAUGGCAGACAGCUGAACCAGGACACAGCGAGAAGAAAGCCAUCUGAAAACCAGGAAGAGAGCCCUCACCAGAAUCUGACCAUGCUGGUGCCCUGAUCUUGGACUUUCAGCCUCCAGAACUGUAAAGACCAGGAAGCCCUCCAGCUGCUCUGUCCAGACCGAGGCUGUCUCUCCAAGUCCGCGCUGGGGACGAUGGGAGGUGUGCACCUGCGACAGAACACAGGUACCGCCAGGUCCGGGUAGGGAUGGCUUUUCGCCGAGGUCCCCCGCCUGCGCAUACUUCUUGCCCUCGCUGCUUCCCCAGCCGCCUCACCCUGCCCCCACUCCUAGCCCGGCGCUCGCCGCUACAACUCCCGCCUGGGCUGGCGCGAGACCCGCGAGCGCCGGAGUGGGCGCGCGGGUUGCGCGCGGGCCGGCGCCCGGAGCUCUGGGCAUGCUCAGUCGCGCGGGCAGGGCUCCGGGCGCGAGCUGGGCUCCUUCUGCACCACAUUCAGCGACUGCCAAGAGGAGCCGCCGGGCGCUCGCAGGCUCAGCGCGCGCUGCCCGCGGCAGGACCCGGCCGCCUCCGCCGCCGCCGCCGCCGCCGCCCCUGCCCCUAAGCCUCCCGAAGCCAUGGCCGGGCUCGGCCACCCCGCCGCCUUCGGCCGGGCCACCCACGCCGUGGUGCGGGCGCUGCCCGAGUCGCUCGGCCAGCACGCGCUGAGAAGCGCCAAGGGCGAGGAGGUGGACGUCGCCCGCGCGGAACGGCAGCACCAGCUCUACGUGGGCGUGCUGGGCAGCAAGCUGGGGCUGCAGGUGGUGGAGCUGCCGGCCGACGAGAGCCUUCCGGACUGCGUCUUCGUGGAGGACGUGGUCGUGGUGUGCGAGGAGACGGCCCUCAUCACCCGACCCGGGGCGCCGAGCCGGAGGAAGGAGGUUGACAUGAUGAAAGAAGCAUUAGAAAAACUUCAGCUCAAUAUAGUAGAGAUGAAAGAUGAAAAUGCAACUUUAGAUGGCGGAGACGUUUUAUUCACAGGCAGAGAAUUUUUUGUGGGCCUUUCCAAAAGGACAAAUCAACGAGGUGCUGAAAUCUUGGCUGAUACUUUUAAGGACUAUGCAGUCUCCACAGUGCCGGUGGCAGAUGGGUUGCAUUUGAAGAGUUUCUGCAGCAUGGCUGGGCCUAACCUGAUCGCAAUUGGGUCUAGUGAAUCUGCACAGAAGGCCCUUAAGAUCAUGCAACAGAUGAGUGACCACCGCUACGACAAACUCACUGUGCCUGAUGACAUAGCAGCAAACUGUAUAUAUCUAAAUAUCCCCAGCAAAGGGCACGUCUUACUGCACCGAACCCCGGAAGAGUAUCCAGAAAGUGCAAAGGUUUAUGAGAAACUGAAGGACCAUAUGCUGAUCCCCGUGAGCAUGUCUGAACUGGAAAAGGUGGAUGGGCUGCUCACCUGCUGCUCAGUUUUAAUUAACAAGAAAGUAGACUCCUGAGCUGCAGAGUUCCCCCUGGUAGCCGGCAAGACCGCGCAGGCAAGGCCGAUGACUCUGUGCCCACUCCUGUUGUUUUCCUUGACAAUCUACUGUGCCACUGUGCUACUAACUCUUGUUUACAAAAUUUGAUUCUAAGUUGAAUUGCUUCAUUCAACACCCCCACCCUCCCUCCCCUCGCGGUGGUACCUAAGCUGUGGAUUUGCUAAAUGAAUUAAGCAACCUAGAAGAUACAGAGCUAAUGAAUUAUCAAAAUGUGAUUAAUCCUAGUAAGGAAACACUCAUUUAGUGUUUGUAUUUUUGGUGUGAAAAUUAUUUAGUUGCCAGUGUAUUCUGAAGAAUGUCUUCUUGAUCAGUCAGAUAAGCUUGCUUUUUUUUUUUCAUGAAUCAUGUUUGGUUCCUGUGAAAGUCCCUGGUCCAGGGAUCCUCCUCCUUUCUCUUUUACUUCUGAAUUCUGAAAUUCAGUUAGUUACUUUUGCCUUUCGCUCUUCUAUCACAGCCACCUUGACCUUGGGUAAAACCCAAGGUCUUUCCUUCUGGCUACCUUCCUGCAGGUCCACCCUGUCUGCCAUUGGUCUCCUCUGCCUCUGACUACAUCUGCCACCAACAACCCUCCCCUCACCCCUGCCAGGGGCAGACAGGCUUCUCAGCAGAACUGUGACUGAAAUCAGAGCUGCUGUCUGGGGCAGUGUUAACUACGCAGAGGCACAUCCUGACAGGGUUUGCCCCAGAGAUCUAAAUUCCAGAAGUAGGGCACCACACCUAGGAAGGUAAAUCCAGUAUCAGAAGGUUGCUAAAAGAUUAAAGAUCAAGAAGCUUGGAAACAUCUCAUGGGUACGAUGUCUUAGAAAGUCUUUAAGUCACAUACCAUGAAUUUUUGCUUCAUUACUGACCAUAUAUGACCUUGGAGGAACUCUUUUUUUUUUUUCCUUCAACUCAUUUCUGUUUCCACCUACCCUGACUCACCUAUUUCCAGUCUUCUACCCCUUGUAGUUAUCCUGGGCCAGCAAAGUCAUUUCUUUCAAAAGAGACAUCAUGUCUGAAAAUGAUUACUAGUAGUCUAAUAUGAGCCAGAGUAAACAGCUCCUCAUGGUCAAUGAACAUGUUCAGGAAGCGAUCACCUUGAUGCUUGAACCCAACCCCAGACAGUGGACAAUUCUACUUUGAAAUAUCCAUGAAUAUUUACUGUGGAAUCCAAUUUAAAUUUCUUUCUUCUCUAGCCUUUAAAUUACAUAACUUUCAACUGACACGGGUCUCUUACAAAGAACAAUGCAGCACUGAAGGAAGAGAUGAUUCCUUUACUCAAACCUGCAGGAAUCAGCCUAUUAACAGGCAGGGGAAACGGUACUUUCCAAUGAAUGGUAACUGAUCCAGGCACAUUAUCACACUUCCUAGUCAUCUCCACAUUUCCUGUAUUGCCUGUGGCUUGUUGUUUGAGAUUAAGAAUCAAAGAGAUUAAGAAAUAUCACUUCAAGUCUUGCUCUGCUCACCUCUAUGUUUGCAGUCAAAUUAUUCCUUAUGUUGGUGACCUAAAGAGAAUUACUUUCAUUCAUUUCAUUUCCCCCGUAGCAGAUGGAAGUGAGAAAAUGAAAACAUCCUUAACCACUAUCUUUCCCUUUUAUUUGAUUAUUUUAUGUCAGAAAUUUGCAAAAGUUUUUUUCUCCUCCUUCUCCUCCUUGUUGCUUAACUUUUUAAUUCAUGCCAUAUGUAGAUAUCCAAUUAUGUGCAUCCUGUGAAUAAACCACGUCUUGGUCACUGUCAUAUUUUGAACCGUCUCAUCAGAGAUGAAUAAUAUCUUUUUACCAGAGAGAGAAUGAAUGUUAGCCACAUGCCCGAGUUAACAAGAUAAAAUGUUCUCAAGGUUGCCCUUUUGGGUUAAAUCUGGCCCUUCCUUGGCAAAAGCAAAAAUUCUCCCUGUGAGAGCUCAACAUCUCAAAUACAACCACAGGAAAAAUGGCCCAAUCUGCCAGUUUAGGCUUACCAGCAUAUAAUUUUUAAUAUCUUUACUUCUAUCAUCCCAAAUCAAAGAACUCUUCUCUAUUAUGUUUAAUCAAUUGCAAGCAAAUAGAUUUUUCUUUGUAACAAUUUGUUCUGCAGAAGGCUGUUUUUCACUUUUCCUUUCUUUUGCUUCUUUCUGUCUUUCCUUCUCUUUGUCUGGAGAAAUCACUUAGACUCUGUGUGCCUCUUCUACAUUGCAUUCUGCUCUGCUACGUUACCUGCUAGGCUGGCUUCUUUGGACUCCCUAUGGGAUUGAUGAUGUGAAAACCUAAAUUACUUGCAGCAUAGUAUUACUUCUUUGAUGUUCUCAUUAGCGUAAUGUUAUUUUUGAAAAGGAAAGAUACUAUCACAUAAGUUUUUCCUCUUGUCCGUUGUGAUAUACACCAAUGGAUAAACUAACAGAAACUGGUUUUUGACAUUAAAAGACAUGAGAAAUUAUAUUUAACUAAGUAAAAGUUAAGUCAGAAUUACUUGGGUGAUGUGAUUCAAUUUAGUUAAAGGAUGAUAUAGAGAAAAUACAUUAUUUAGCAUUAUUUCUUCAGCUAUAAUGAAUUGCUAUAGAAAUCAGGCAGAUCUUUCUAAUGUGUAUUGAUUGGUCUUUUCAGCUACUCUGAACAGAUUACUAAGGCCAUCUCCUCAUCUCUAAGGGAGAAAAAUAGUCUGUAGAUGAAUAAUGUAAGGUAAAGAGUUGCAUGUCAGUCUUUGUAAUUAUUUACUCUUUAACUUUCUCCAGAACUCAGACAUGAUUUCAACAUGGUGUUAGAUUUGUGCAUUUUAUUUUCCUGACCACCUCAUUCCAGCCAAUGUAUGGUUAUCCACUCUGUGUGCCAAAACCAAUCAUGCCUUUCACGGCCCUUUAGUUCAGAGAAGUUCUGCACUGAUUUUUAGUCUCUUGCUGUCUCAAUCUUACAUGUAUACCAAUCACGAUGGAAUAAAGUGUGAGUUGUACUGUGA